UAUGACGUAAUAACAACAAUGUCUUACGUUUUCAAAUUUGCCCUCUCCAAAAAGUUAAAAUUCCAUUCCAAUCCUCUCUUUGAAUCGCCUUCAUCUUCUUCCUCUGAACCCAAUCCUAAACCCACCAUUGACGAAUUCACUCACAACAACACCAUUAAUGUUUCUUCUUCUCUCUCUAAUAACAACAACAACAACACAGUGAAACGCUGUGUUUUGUGAAUUUCAAUUCAACAAAAAAAAUGAGGUCUUCUUCUUCUACUACUGCUAAUUCGGGUACGAUCAAUAUCGCUGCGAGUGCUCAGAAGCUUGAUGUUGAUAAUCGAAUUGCUCUUCGGUUCUAUUAUCGAAUUGCUGAUAACAUACUUCGACAGGCUGACAUCUUUCGCGCAGAGAAGAACAUUAUUGACCUAUAUGUCAUGCUUUUGAGAUUUUCUAGUUUGGCAUCUGAGACAAUACCGCGUCACCGAGAGUAUAGAUCAUCUCCACAAACCAAGAAACAGUCAUUGAAAAAGAGAUUGCUGAUUUCAUUGAAUGAACUGGAGAAGCUGAAACCAUUGGCCCAGCAGAAGAUCAACGAGCUUAACAGCAGAAAUGCUCACCGACAAAAUGGACAGGGAGAUUUUCAUUCAAAUAAUAGUGUGGAUUUUUCUUCUGUGCAAAAGCAAACUUUGGCUAGUAAUGGUCAAAUAAAGCCUGUCAGAGCAACUGCUAGGGAAUUUGCAUAUCAAGGAUCAAGUGGCCAACAUUUCUCGUAUGUCAAGCCUGCAGAAGAGCAAGUGCGAAGACUAUCUCUAACUCUGCCACCUCCAAAGGAGGAAACUCUCUCUAGACAUUCUAUCCUUGGUCCCAAUGGGCUUAAUGGGCAGUGGCGGUCACCUACUAUUGACACAGGGGUCAGGUAUCCAUCCAACAUAGAUCUGUCUCCAGUUGAACUUCCAAGCUUGCAACAUCACUUGGAAGAUGUGUCUCUGAGAAAUAAAGAUAAUAGCAUUGCAGAACUCCAUAAAUUAGAUUUAAAUUCAAUUCCUACCGAGAGCGAAGACAGCCAGCCCCAGCGCACUCAGGAAUCUCCUUCUCUUAUAUCUUUUGAAGCAAUAGAAGAAACCUCUGCUCAAAUAGAAAUUAUUAGACAACCUUCUCCUCCACCCGUACUUGCUGAAGUGCAUGAUUUGGUCCCUUCAAUGUCACCUCACAUUAAUGAGGCAGGAUGUAAGGCAGAGAUUCCAUCAUCUGAUAGCAGUGUUCAUGCCGAGUCUCCUCUGCAAUUGCACAUUUCAACUGCUUUGAUGGAGAGCUUUAUGAAUCUUGCCAAGUCAAAUACUAAGAAAAAUUUGGAGACUUGUGGUGUUCUUGCUGGUUUGCUUAAAAACAGAAAGUUUUAUAUUACUGCUCUAAUAAUCCCGAAGCAGGAGUCAACAUCAGAUUCUUGUCAGACUACAAAUGAAGAGGAAAUAUUUGAAGUGCAGGAUAGACGAUCACUUUUCCCCCUUGGAUGGAUCCAUACACAUCCUACUCAAUCUUGUUUCAUGUCAUCAAUUGAUGUGCACACUCAUUACUCAUAUCAGAUUAUGCUGCCAGAAUCUGUUGCAAUUGUCAUGGCGCCGACAGAUAGUUCAAGAAAACAUGGUAUUUUUCGGCUGACAACCCCCGGUGGAAUGUCUGUUAUUAAACAGUGUGAUCAACGCGGCUUUCAUCCACAUAAUCAACCUCCAGAUGGUGGCCCUAUUUACGAUACCUGUACAGAUGUUUACAUGAACCCCGAUUUAAAAUUCGAAGUCAUCGAUCUCCGGUGAUAAUAAGAGUUUUGUUGAAAUGCACCCUUUCAUUGUGUAUAUAUGGACCAUAAUUACUAUUUCCCCCCUAUAUAUAGUUUUUAUCCUGCAUUUUUUGACUGUAAUCUAGCUACCAGUCUCGCAUAGUAUAUAUUACAUGUAUAAAUAAAUAUAAUAAAAUAAAAAUAUUACAUUUCAAAA